AUUCUCGGGCAGCAACACUGGAGUAAACACGACGCGAACUGCGAAAAAUGGCGACAUCGAAGAGUGCGAACACCUAUAACCGGCUCAACUGGGAAGAAGCCGAAUUCCCCAUCCUCUGCCAGACAUGCUUGGGCGACAACCCGUACGUACGCAUGACCAAGGAGCGAUUCGGCAAGGAGUGCAAGAUAUGCUCGCGCCCUUUUACCGUCUUCCGAUGGUGUCCCGGCGGCCGGAUGCGCUUCAAGAAAACCGAAGUCUGUCAGACGUGCAGCAAGCUCAAGAACGUCUGCCAGACCUGCCUGCUGGACCUGGACUACGGCCUGCCGGUGCAGGUGCGCGACAACGCGCUCAGCUUGCGCGACGACAUGCCCAAGUCGGACGUCAACAAGGAGUACUACUCGCAGAACAUGGAGCGCGCCGUGGCCGACGGCGACCCCAGCCAACCGUACGGGGCUCUCGCCAAGGCGCAGAGCCCCAGCGACCUCCUGAUGAAGCUGGCGCGUACCACGCCUUACUACAAGCGCAACCGACCUCACAUCUGCAGCUUCUGGGUGAAAGGCGAGUGUAAGAGAGGCGAGGAGUGCCCGUACCGGCACGAGAAGCCCACGGAUCCGGACGAUCCGCUGGCCGACCAGAACAUCCGCGACCGCUACUACGGCGUCAACGAUCCGGUGGCUGACAAACUGCUGCGCCGUGCCGCCGCCAUGCCCAAACUGGAGCCGCCGGAGGACAUCUCGAUAACCACGCUGUACGUCGGCAACCUCGGCGACCGGCUGACGGAGAAAGAUCUGCGCGAUCACUUCUACCAGUACGGCGAGAUCCGCGGCGUCACCAUGCUGGCGAGGCAGCAGUGCGCCUUCGUCCAGUUCACCAACCGCGUCAGUGCCGAGCUGGCCGCCGACAAGACGUUCAACAAGCUCAUCCUGGGCGGCCGCCGACUCGUCAUCAAAUGGGGGACGCCCGCUGGCCGCCAAGCGACGCCGUCGGGGCCCGAAGGCACCGAAGGUCGACCCUCGGGACCGCCGCUCGAACCCGUUCCGGGCCUACCGGGCGCCCUGCCGCUGCCACCCGACGAGCUGGCCAACAACUACUUCAACCUGGCCCCGCUGCACCCUCCUCCCGUCCCGUUCGCGCCGCCCCCGCCGCCGCCCGCGGCGUUCCUUGCCCCGCCGGGGGAGACGGUGCUCCCCCCGCCGCUCCCGCCUCCUCCAGGACUCGCGCCCCCGGGAACAGUGCCCCCGCUGCCGCCGGUACCACACAUGCGCGCGCCCAUCCACUACCCGUCUCAGGAUCCCCAACGUUUGGGCAGCAGGGGCAAACCUUAGAAGAGCAGCACGUCCUCCUUUUUUGCAUUCCUCGGCUCGCUCCUAUCUGAGUGGCAGCGACGAGAAGAAAGAAAAACCUCUCGAAUGUAAAGGCACAGCCUUGUGAGUGCAACCACAGCGAGUGUGUGUGCUUAAUGGACUGGCAUGACUUGAGCCAAAGCGGUGAUGCGCCCUGUCAGCACAGUUGCGGCACACCGAGCCGUGGUUACCACAGUUUGGGGUGUAAUUUCAUUUUUUUGUUUCUCUGUUCACUGGCUGAGAGGAAUAUACCUGUUAAUGGUGCCGCUUUUAUGAAAUCUACUGUUAUCCCUGUUUCACACGAUGCGAUUGUGCUGAUAUGAGAUUACAGUUACUGUACACGAGCCUCCGACCUCUCCCUCUGGGUUCUUUUAUGUUUGUGGUACAAAAUUUCACAGCAGUAUUACUCGUAUCGCGUAGACAAAUAAUUCACAACAAUGGGGACUGUAAUACCCCUGUCACACGGCAAAUCUAAUGUCAUUUACAGCUAAUGUCAUUCGUUUGUAAUGGCAUUUGUUUGCUGUCACACGGGGAAACUAAUGCCAUUUGAUGAAAAUUACAUUUUCUGUCGAAUGAGUUCCCGAAACACAUUCGCAUUCGAUUUCAGACCGAAUGCGUAGUCUCGACGCCAGGGACCUUUUAGGGAGAUAACUGUUGACCUAUGUAUGCGUAACUUUUGUAAUUCGUAAAUAUCUUAUUAUUUACUAGAUUAACUUAUUACUGGUUUGAUCACGUAACAGCACGCGCGAAAGUUUCUGAAAGAAAGCUACUCUCAACUAGAGCGGCUGGUCGCCGGCCAUGUUUCAUUUGUGCUCUCUUGUUGUUGCCCGUAUCGCGGGUGUUGAUCGUCCGAUUGCACGUGUUGUGGUGAUCAAGGUGGUGACUACACGAAUUAGCUGCCGCCGUCUCAUUUCUGCAGCCGGAGUGUCAGUCGCGCUCGCACGCUUUAGUUCACUGCACCAACGCCCGGUCAUA